AAAUCUCCAUCUGCUAUAUUCUUGAUCUUGAAAUAUUGAGUUCAAGGUACACAAUAAUAUUAAUAUACAUAUCUCUUACUAUCACAGUUCUCAAAAACAGAAAACUGUUUUCAAAACAGGAAAGAGGAAAGAAUUGAUUCCUUGCAAACUGCUAAAGAAAGCUCCACAAAAAGGAAUGAAAUAAUGGGAAAAAGAAAGGAAAAGGUGAGUGAUCUUUCUUGCAAGUAAGCAAAGUAAUGAUAUGGGGACAAAAAGAGAAGCAGCCUUUUUUAAAGUUUUGCUGUUACCCAUCUCUCCAACUCAGCCUUGCUUCUUAAGGUUUUCCCCAAUUCAUUUCAUUUCAUACUCAGUGCAGGUAACAGCUUACUCACCACUCCAAUACAAAACUUCCAUCCCAAGCACCUCCAAUUCAAUUCCUAAGAGACCCCCACAAAUCAUUGCCAAAACUAAAAUAUUCCACUUCUUUGACCCAAAGCAAAAGUAAACUCUCCAUCACAAUUUGGUAACUCUUUUCAAACGGCAGAAAAAAAUAAGAAAAAAACUUCAAAAAAAUCUGUAAAUUCAGUUCUAAUCAAUUAGGCGUUUGAGUAAAGAUAAGUGUAUUUUGGUUCAAAAUUCACAACAAAAUCAGCAGCAGAGUGCACAGCGCAGGUGAAAUCUCUCUAUUGCUAGACACAAUUAGGUCAAUUUCAGAUUGAUUACGAUGUCUGUUGAUAAAGUAAUAAGGAUACAUACCUUUAAAGCCCUUGCGGCGCUUUGCGUAUAUGGCCACCUAACGGAGAAAGAGAAUCAUCAUUUGGAAGGAUCGAUCAGCAGGGCAGGGCAUGACGACGCAGAAACAGAGCUGGGAGGCGCAGGCGCAACAAUCGCAGAUGCAGCGAGUGAGGAACUCGGGCAUGAUAAGCCAUGUGAAUGCGAUUGGGAGUCCGUUGAAGGAGGAUCAAGACGAGGAGCUUUCGCGAUCGGCGUUCGCUCUGUUCCGCGCCAAGGAAGAGGAGAUCGAGAGGAAGAAGAUGGAGAUGAGAGACAAGGUGGAGGCACGCCUUGGAAGAGCCGAGGAAGCCACCAAGCGAUUGGCGGAGAUUCGCGAAGAACUUGAAGCUAUGGCGGAUCCAAUGAGGAAGGAAGUAUCGUUCAUCCGGAAGAAGAUUGAUUUGGUGAACAAAGAGUUGAAGCCAUUGGGACUCACCUGCCAAAAGAAGGAGAGGGAAUACAAAGAAGUGCUAGAGUUAUUCAAUGAGAAGAACAGAGAGAAAUCUCAAUUGGUAGCCAAACUUAUGGAGUUGGUGAAUGAGAGUGAGAAACUAAGGAUGAAGAAGUUGGAAGAGCUGAGCAAGAACAUUGACAUCCUUCAUUAACAAAGGUGUUCUCUUCUAACUUACAAUAACCAACUUUGUCUUCUAUUAUUCCAACAUUUUAUCUUUCUUUCUCAAUGUUUUUUGGGGAAGAAAAAUUUUAACUUUGUUUUGUGGAUGACAUUUGCUUGUAUUAAUAAAUCCCGAGCACAAGUGCUAUUGCGUACCGAGUGUGGGAUACUGAUCAAUGUUUAGCUAUCUUCUCAUAUUUCGCAUGUGUGUUCUAUUUUCUUCGAGUAAUGUGCCUAUGGUCUACAACUUGGCGGGUUCGAA